AUGAAGGACACCAAUCUGAUCUCGCGUUCUUUACGCGCUUCCAAGACUCAAAAGGACGCUGUCUUGCCAAGUACAAGGAGAUCCUUCUUUAGUACACGAGAAUCACGGGCUGUUCUCCAGUAUGCAUUGGCUGAUAUAGGGGAAGGCAUCAGAGAGUGCGAGAUCAUUCAAUGGUUUGUCAAGGUCGGAGAUCGUAUAGAGCAGUUUGACAAGAUAUGUGAAGUGCAGUCAGACAAGGCAUCCGUGGAAAUCUCGUCACGAUAUGAUGGAGUCAUUACCAAGCUAUAUUACGAUGUGGGUGCUAUGGCACGAGUCGGGAAUCCGCUAGUUGAUAUUGAUACUGGUGGGAGUGUUGAAGCUAGUACAGUGCCGCAACCUCAUCCAACACCCCUACAACCAACACCAGCUCCAACUGCUACCAGUGCAGCUCCCCCAGCAACAACAACAUCAACAGAUGCCGAACCGUUCGUAAUGACAACACCCGCAGUACGUCGCCUUGCCAAAGAACAAUCCGUAGAUUUAGCCAAAGUGCGUGGAACCGGAAAGAAUGGACGAAUCACCAAAGAGGAUAUUAUGGAAUACACUAAUGCAGCUCCUCAGAGAGACGCGAUAGCGAGCAUCAGGGCAGAUCAUGUUCCAAGUCCAGCACCAGCCAAAGCACCAAUAUCCACAGCAUCAAAACCACAAGAGGGCGAAAUCAUUCCUCUAACUGCCAUGCAACGAGCCAUGUUUAAACAAAUGACUAAAUCAUUGGCCAUUCCACAUUUUGGAUACUCUGACGAGAUUGACUUGACCCAAAUCUCGCUCUUAAGAAGCGAAAUCAAUUCUGGAUUAGCUCGACAUGAUAGCCAUAAACAGCCUCUAGUUAAGAAAGUGACUCUGAUGCCUAUAUUUAUUAAAGCCAUGAGUAUGGCCUUGAAGGACUAUUCGAUUCUGAAUGCUCAAUUGCUGGUUGAAGGAUCUGAUGCUGCUACUGCUCAACUGAAAUAUAACAAGAGUCAUAAUAUUGGAGUAGCUAUGGAUACUCCUGGCGGACUCAUUGUUCCAAAUAUUAAAAACGUCGAAUCAAAGUCUAUACUGGCUAUUGCAGCUGAACUGGAUCGCUUAAAGGAUGCUGGUCGACGAAGUGCUCUCUCACCAUCCGAUUUAUCAGGAGGCAACAUCACCAUAUCAAACAUUGGUAACAUUGGCGGUACGCUACUCCAUCCUGUAAUUGUACCCACUGAAGUCUGUAUUGGUGCUAUUGGACGUGUGCAACGACUUCCUCGUAUAGUUGAGAUUGAUGGUGAGGAACGUGUAGUAGGAAAGGACAUUGUACAUGUUAGUUGGAAUGCAGAUCACCGAGUCAUUGAUGGUGCUACUAUGGCACGAUUCGUGACUCUGUGGAAGGCGUACCUUGAGUCUCCAGGAAGACUGCUGGCUGAAAUGUCGUGA